UGGGGAGCUGCCAUCUGGCUACUGGUCAUUGAUUUCAGUCACCUUCAAAUCCCCCGUGCGACCAUAAUGGCGGAACAUAUGACCUUGCAGUCGGUCGACAUGAUCGAGGAGGUCGUGAGCGCCGUUGACGCCGCCAGUGAUGAGCUGCGGCGCUUGAGCCUUGAAAUUUUCAACAACCCGGAGACAAUUUUUGUCGAGUUCAAAGCUUGUGAGCUGUUGUCAAAUUGGCUCGAGAACCGAGGGUGGAAAGUUAGCCGAGGUGUAUAUGGCCUCAAAACUGCGUUUGAGGCCCGAUUCUCUCUUGUUGAGGGGGGAAGAACAGUGUGUUUUAAUGCAGAGUAUGAUGCCCUUCCUGGCCUGGGACAUGCCUGUGGUCAUAACUUGAUUGCUACCUCCUCCUUGGCAUCUGCAGUUGCUCUCGAGCAUGUACUCAAAACCCAUCGUUUCCCGGGGACAAUUGUCGUCAUGGGCACUCCAGGAGAAGAAUCAGGUGGCGGAAAAUGGAUUAUGGCAACAAAUGGUGCUUGGAAAGGGUUCGACGCUUGCGUGAUGACCCACGGAAUGCGCAAUUUCAGCACUCCUCUCUGCUUAACAAAGGCUUCCUGGAAGCUAAGAGCGCGAUUCCAUGGUCAAUCAGCACAUGCUGCCACUGCUCCGUGGACAGGAUUGAACGCCUGUGACGCUAUUGUGCAUGCUUAUACUGCAAUCUCGAUGCUUCGCCAACACCUCGAGAAAGGUUCUACUAUUCAAGGCUGUAUUCUCGAAGCAGGAAAGGCGUCCAACAUUAUACCCGACUACGCCGAGGGCUUGUUCAGCAUUAGAGCUCCUACCAUGCAGAAGCUGGAUGAGCUGAAGUCUAGAUUUGAGCCCAUAUUUGGCGCCGCUGCUGCUGCAACAGGAUGUAGCGUUGAGCUUGACUGGACCGCCCUGUAUGAAGAUGUCGUAUCGAACGAAACCCUCGCUGAGCAGUAUCGCAAUUACAUGAUACAGCACUUGGGCAUAGAGCCUGAACAAUUACUCACGUUAGAGGAAUCCCGAAUGCUUCAUGAUCAGCCGGGAUGCUCGGACUUCGGUAGUUGUUCCUACAUUUGCCCGGGAAUUCAAGCCAUGUUCUCGAUCAACGCAACAGACUUCCCUCAUUCCAUUGGGUUCCGUGAGGCAUCCGCUGGGGAGUUUGCCCACCAAGAGGCACUGAAAGCUGGCCAGGCAAACGCUCUCAUCUCCCUCGAUGUCCUGAUCAAUCAUGAUUUCGCAGAUAAAGUGAAAGCUGAGUUUAUUGCGGUUAUGAAAAAGGGCGGCCGCUGGAACCGCCAUCUCGUGUUCAUUCCCAGGGAAAUAUACCCAGUGCAGGGAAGUUUUCGUCCCAUGUCUGCUGGGAUUGUUAGCUAACUAAAGUGCAA